CCGCGGGCGCCCAAGAGGCCGGGCCUCUAGACCGCGGGACCGCCGCCCCUCGCGCCCGGCCCCCCUGCCCGCGGCCCAACCGCCCCGCGCGCGCGGCUCCCGCUCCGCCUCGCGGCCCUCGCGCCCAUGGCGGCUCCCAGCGGCGCCCGGCGGCGGCCGCUUCUCCUGCUGCUGCUCGCAGGCCUCAUGCACGGUGCAUCAGCAGUGUUUGUGGUGAAAGAUGGCAACGGGACAGCUUGUAUAAUGGCCAACUUCUCCGCUGCCUUCUUGACCAACUAUGAUACCAACAGUGGUUUUAAGAAUGUGACCUUCGACCUGCCCUCUGAUGCAGUGGUAUUAAACAGCAGCUCUUGUGGCAAAGACAAUGCUUCUGGCCCCAGUCUCGUGGUUGCUUUUGGAAGAGGACAUACACUGACCCUCACCUUUGCAAGAAAUGCCACACGUUACAGGGUCCAGCUGAUGCGUUUUGUUUACAACUUGUCAGAUGCACAGAUUUUCCCCAACGCAAGCUCCAAGGAAGUCAAGACUGUGGAAUCCGUAACUGACAUCAAGGCAGACAUAAAUAAAACAUACAGGUGUGUAAGCAGCGAUCAGAUCCACAUGAGUAACGUGACUGUCACGCUACAUGAUGCCACCAUCCAGGCGUACCUCUCCAGCAACAGCUUCAGUAAGGAAGAGACACGCUGUGAGCAAGAUAGACCUUCCCCGACACCAACGCCGCCAGUGACCCCCCACCCUUCACCAUCCCCUACGCCUGAGAGCCCCUCAGUGAACAAGUACAACGUGAGUGGCACCAACGGGACCUGUCUGCUGGCCACCAUGGGGCUGCAGCUGAACAUCACUUACGAGAACAGGGACAACAUGACUGUGACAAGAGUAUUCAAUAUCAACCCAAAUAAGACCCGUGUCAAUGGGAGCUGCACUGCCCAACUGGUGACCCUGGAGCUCCGGGACGAGGAUGUCACUCUCCUUGUCUUCCACUUUGGAAUGAAUGCAACUUCUAGCCAGUUUUUCCUGCAAGAAAUCCAGUUGGAUAUGACUCUUCCUGACGCCAGAGACCCCACCUUCAAGGCUGCCAACAGCUCGCUGAGGGCACUUCAGGCCACCAUCGGGAACUCCUACAGGUGUAAUGCCGAGGAGCGCCUGCGCGUCACAGAGGCCCUUUCUGUCAACGUCUUCAGAGUGUGGGUUCAGGCUUUCCAGGUGGAAGGUGACAAGUUUGGGUCCGUGGAGGAAUGCCAGCUGGAUGAGAACAACAUGAUGAUCCCCAUCGCCGUGGGCGGUGCCCUGGCCGGGCUGGUCCUCAUCGUCCUCAUUGCCUACCUCAUCGGCAGGAAGAGGAGCCACGCGGGCUACCAGACAAUUUAGCGCUGCCGCACCACAGACCAGCAGCGGCUGCAGGCCCGCCGUUCGUUUCCCUGAGCUCAGACUGGUUGAGGGAGGCACACUUGCCUGCACACGAUUUCCAAAUCUGCUUUAUCCAAUUUGAAGUUCAUCUUGCAACAUUUACUAUGCACAAAAGAGUAACUAUUGAAAUGACGGUGUUAAUUUUGCUAACUGGGUUAAAUAUUUUGCUAACUGGUUAAAUGUUAAUAUUUACCAAAGUAGAACUCUAAGAAGGGGUGGGUAAGAGGGCUUUUCAAGGGGCACUGGCUCCAUAUCAUUUGGCUUUCUAAGAUUCUGGUGUUUGGUCUCUUCACUCUUGAUUCAGAUCUAAGCCUUACAAAGGGAGAGUCUCUGAUCUUAACACUUAGGACUGAUGAAAGCUGGCUAAUAUUAGGCUGAUGUGCUUAAGGGAUUAGUAGAGAAAGAAAAUUGCAAAACAGAAGUACUCCAAAAGACGGAAAUCUGGAAUGCUUAAAUUAAGCUUUAGAAGCCAGGACAGGCCCCGCCCCCAUGGGCUGCACACCUCAGCCAUCAAGUAUCAGAGCUACUGCUGGGGUCUGCCAUGCAAGAGCUGGCACUUUUUUAAAUAGCAAACUGGGUGUUAUUUUUAUUUACUUCUUUGUAAAGUGGUUUUCGGUCUUCUGUUUGAGGUUCAGGUGGUCCUGCGUCUGCACUUGUUUGUGUACAGUGAUCGCUCUCACUCUGAUUUACUGCUUGCAGCUCAGCGGCCUGGGCACUGAGGACCCUCCUGUGUGCAAUGCCGUAACAAUGCUAAUAAAGUGUCUCUUUCUCUUUUUGUCUGGA